GAGCUAGACCGACUUAACCUAAAUUUGGAGGCAGAGCAAAGUAAAGUGAACUGGGCCAAAUCCAACACAGAAGAAGGCUGGACAUUGGAAGACCUCCAAAAAAAAAGGGACCAGCUCUUCAAGGAAAUAGAGGUGCUUAUAAAAGUUCGAGAGGCCAUUAAAAAUGUAAUCUCUCGUAAGGAAAAAGUGAAGCGUAAAAUAAAAAGCACCGGGGUUGUCCAGAGUUGUUUUCACAAUAUAUUUGUUGAAAUUGACAGGCGUCUCACUUUGGAAAUACAGGCCUUAGAUCGAUUGUGC